UCUUCGCAAGGGCGGGCCUUUUGCAUGCGAGGCAAAGUGCGCAGCCCGGGCAGGAGAACGGCAUGAAGCGGAGAGGAGCAGGGGAAAGAGAGAAGGAUGUCAAGAAACGGAAACUCCUUGAUGAACUUGGAGAGAGCUGGCUUCCAUAUUUGACACCCAAGGAUGAUGGCUUCCAUCAACUGUGGAAGACAAAAUAUUCAAAACUCGUCCUCAGAACUGCUGAGAAGAUUCCCAAAGAAGUCCAUGAAGAAGUUCAGGAAGCUUUUUUGACUUUGCAAAAGCAUGGUUGUUUUUUCCAAGAUCUUGUAAGGAUCAAAGGGAAAGAUUUUGUUACCCCAGUAUCUCGUAUAUUAGUUGGAAACCCAGGAUGUACCUACAAAUAUUUGAACACAAGGUUAUUUACGGUCCCCUGGCCUGUGGAAGGUUAUGAAAUAAAUUAUUCCCAUCCUGAAAUAGCCAAGGCUUGCAAGGCAUUAAUCAAACUUAAUUGCUACUUGCAUAGAGAAUCCAUCCAGGCUUUGCAAGAGCAGAAUUUGGCCGAAACAAAAGGAAUGGAAGAUACUGUCAUCGAUAGGCAGCAGGAUUAUGCUACUUCCAUUACAGAGAUGGGGUCCAUUCUGCAAGAUCAAAGCCCUUCUCAUGUCCCAGAGAAUGACCAUAGCCAUCUGAAAGAGAGAACAUCUUACAACCUGUCUUUAUUAAAUUAUAUGGAUCCACAACAAAUGUCAUUCUUGAAACAAGAGCCUUAUUUUGGAAUGGGGAAAAUGGCUGUGAGUUGGCACCAUGAUGAAAAUCUAGUUGAAGGGUCAACGGUGGCUGUCUACAGUUAUAGCUGUGAAGAACCUGCCGCUGAUCUUCUUGAGGAGAAGGGUCCAAGUGGGAGAGACCCAGCUGUCUGGCAUGUUGGCUUGAAAGUUGCUUGGGACAUAAAGAACCCGGGGUUGGCUGUACCCCUUUACCCGGGAGACUGUUACUUUAUGCUAGAUGAUCUCAACAUGACCCACCAGCAUUGUGUCCUGGCUGGCUCGCCGCCUAGAUUCAGUUCUACUCAUAGGGUGGCAGAAUGCUCGCAAGGGACCCUGCCUUAUAUUUUGGACCAGUGCAAUGCAGCACUUCAGAACUUGUGCACCGAUACUCAUUUGAGCUGUCCGACUUUGCAAUCUCUGGAUGCCGAUGACAUAAAGCGAGUGGAAGAAACCCAUAAUGAGGUUGAGUUUGAGUGGAUUCGACAAUUUUGGUUCCAGGGUAAACGUUAUAGGAAGUGCACUGACUGGUGGGACAAACCAAUGGCUGCGCUGGAAGAAUUUUGGAGGAAGCUGGAGCUCAUGACAAGCCUACUGCUCUGUGAAUUCAGGAAAGAGGAGCAGGCGGAGGAACAAAGGAAUGAACGAAUCGGCUGCCUCCUGUCCAUUCUUGAAGAGCGUCAGGAGCUACGGCAGGAUUGGCUGGCAAGAAUUCAUCAUGCGAAAGGCUGGACUAGAUGAAUCCCAAACCGGAAUUAAGAUUGCCGGAAGAAAUAUCAACAACCUCAGAUAUGCAGAUGACACAACCUUGAUGGCAGAAAGUGAGGAGGAAUUAAAGAACCUUCUAAUGAGGGUGAAAGAGGAAAUCGCAAAAUAUGGUCUGAAGCUCAACAUCAAAAAAACCAAGAUCAUGGCCAUUGGUCCCAUCACCUCCUGGCAAAUAGAAGGGGAAGAAAUGGAGGCAUGUGAGAGAUUUUACUUUCCUGGGCUCCUUGAUCACUGCAGAUGGUGACAGCAGUCACGAAAUUACAAGACGCCUGCUUCUUGGGAGAAAAGCAAUGACAAACCUAGACAGCAUCUUAAAAAGCAGAGACAUCACCUUGCCGACAAAGGUCCGUAUAGUUAAAGCUAUGGUUUUCCCAGUAGUGAUGUAUGGAAGUGAGAGCUGGACCAUAAAGAAGGCUGAUCGCCGAAGAAUUGAUGCUUUUGAAUUAUGGUGCUGGAGGAGACUCUUGAGAGUCCCAUGGACUGCAAGAAGAUCAAACCUAUCCAUUCUUAAGGAAAUCAGCCCUGGGUGCUCACUGGAAGGACAGAUCCUGAAGCUGAGGCUCCAAUGCUUUGGCCACCUCAUGAGAAGAGAAGACUCCCUGGAAAAGACCCUGAUGUUGGGAAAGAUUGAGGGCACAAGGAGAAGGGGACUACAGAGGACAAGAUGGUUGGACAGUGUUCUUGAAGCUACCAACAUGAGUUUGACCAAACUGCGGGAGGCAGUGGAAGACAGGAGUGCCUGGCGUGCUAUGGUCCAUGGGGUCACAAAGAGUCGGACACGACUAAACAACAACUCUGCCUCCAGGGCAGGUUCACCAACUAAUCUGGCUGCCCCCACUUGCCUGGGUCAGAAUCAAGUCUGAGCUGCUGCUCAAGAUGGAGGCCAACAGCUCCAUUCGGGCAAAUACAGCACAUCGGCAGUCUGCACUCAGCUAUCCCCACUGGCUGGCCUCCUUACUUCUUUCUCCUAACCAGUCAGGGGUGGCUUUGUUUUACCUCUAGCUUUAUCUACUUUUGGCCUCCUUGCCAUCCACUCUACCAGUCCCAUUAGGCAUACGGGUUUUUUUGUGGGGGGUGUAUUUACCUAGCAGGAAGGGAAACUUUUGAGGAGAACUGUUAGCAGAUUAAGGUCACCAUUUAUAGAGACAAUGAAAUAUCUGGUGAGGCUUCCCCAUUCAUCAGUGGUGUCCUUGGCGCCAGAUGUUUAGAUGCUGCCAUGUUCCAUGCAUAUGUCUCUUCCUGUCAGGAAGCCAUAAUGCAAAUCCACCAGCCCAGGUGCCACAGUGGACUUGCCAAGUGUCCCUGCCUCUUUCGCCUUUUCCUCCUACCCGGGACACACAUCUACUCCCCAUCAGAGAUGUGUAGAUUGGAAAGAGAGUGCAAUUAACCCCUGGAAAGCGUUGGUUUUGCCCAAGCGGCGUGCACAGUAAUGAUACUGUUAGCUUCCCCUUAAUUUCCAGUUUCACUAUCAAUUAUGCCAUGUGUUUCACCCAGUUGGUGCUACCCUCCCAGUGUUAAUUAUAACCUACAAGACUGUUACAGUUAAUUUUAUGGCAAGCAUAUUGUCUCUUCAAGGCUCUGGAGCGGCUCAUAAAUUAUCUUGAAGGUAAAAUGCAACUUGGGGAACUAGUUAUGAAAAUUCCAUCCAUCUCGCUUAGGAGAUGCAGCUGCUACUGUCAGCUGCUUUGCUGCUGCAUUGUGAAGGAAUUAUGGCGGGUCAGGUUUAAGAGGCAAGGCCCGGGCUGUCACCGAGGAGGAAGCCUGUCCUGGCCCUGUCAGACAAGUACCUUCUGCCAAUCCCUCGUGGUUUUGCUUUUCAAGCAGUAAAAGGCAGGCUGGUGCAGGUGGAUGGUCCCCAAGCUGUCUCUAUUCAUUACUUUACAGAAAGUUGUUUUAGGUAGGCAGGUACGGAGACCUCCCUCCUGCCUUUGCUGUUGUCAUGAUGGUUAGAGGCAUCAUCUGCAAAGUGCAGGAAGAGAAAAGGAGGGAGAGGGAGAGACGAACUUGAUACUGUCUGAUGGCAGUGGUUAUGUACUGGAGUUGGAGGGGUGUAGGAAGAGUCAGGAUCGGGGGGGGGGGGUCGCUCGAAGACACGAGUGAUUAGCCCCGUAAACACAAACACAGAUGCGCGCUCACACGCUGGAGCAACUCACUGGUCUGUAAAAUCAUUGCUGGUUUAAUUGUAGGGAGGAAUGGGUUUAGAGGGGAGGGGGACAUCUGUUCACUUCUAUUUUCUUGCGCACUCUGCCGGGGGGGGGGGUGAGUUUUCAUUGCAAAAUUAGUUCAUAGGAAAAGUUUCAGGUAUCAUGGAUUUAUAAUAGUCAAAGUGAAGUAUUUUCAUCCCCUUUGUUGCAUCUUAAGGGGGGGGGGAGGGCAUCAAACCUUUUGUCUCUCAUAGCGGUGUGUUUUCUUCCUUUUCAUUUUCUCAACUUUUAUAUCAGAGUUCAAGGUAAAUAAAUAUGAAUUUAGCUGUCUGGGGUGAAUAUCCAACUGAAGAGCAUCUGUGAACAAACAAUAUGGAGUUAUAAUAUGCAAUUCAUUAAAGCACGGCAACUAUAGCCAUCUUUUUGGAAAGUUGUUUAUUUGUGUAUCCUCUGUGUAUUUGGAUACCUCUUAAGAUAACAUGGAUAAAUUUUGCAUGAUGGUUCUUGAGAUUCAAAAACAGGAUUUUGUCUGCAUUUCGAUACAUCAUUUUGAAUCAAGAUGGAGGACUGAACCUUUCAAAACUUCACUGUUACUUUGGCUUCUUACAGUUACUCAGCAACAUCAGGUGCAAGGCUUCUAGCUAUUUAUUAGCUGGGGGGGGGGGAAGCAGCUAAAAUCUCCUCCACAGACACACAGUGGCUUAUCAAAGCAAGGUAAUGUUCAGCAAACUAUGUAUUUAAUAAUCAUAGCAUGUUCUCCAACAGGAUUUGUCUACAAAUUGUCUAGAUUUGUCUAAAUCAGCGAAUGCUGACUGAUCUAUAUUUACGAAAAGAAAAGGAGACAUACUUAAGUGUUGAUGAACAAAUGUUACAUGAAUUACCGGUAUGAAGAUGUAAACUAAUCCUAGGUUUCAUUGUGUCCCCCCCCCCCCCCAAAGUAUUGCAAUGUAUUUUUCCAACCAGGAAAGAUAAUACCUUCUGAUUUAAAUAUAGGACUUUUAUGUAAAAUAAUACCUUAUGAGAGAUCAGUUUUAAGGUUGGUUCAACAAAAUGUAAGAUAAAGUUCUGUGAAAUUGGAAAUGCAAUGCAAUUUUAUUUAAAAAAACAAACAGUUUUGACAGCUCAAUCCCACCCAUAGCUGCUCAAAUGUAAUCCUGUGUCUACACCAGUCUUACUCAGAUUGAAAUCCUAUUGAUUUUAAUGGAACUUACUGCCAGUUAAGUGGAUGCAGAAUUGCAGUCUCCUUUCCCAUUUCUCAAUUUUUUCUGCUUCUACACUAGUACUGGUAGUAACAAACCAAUGAGCUUUACUGUGCUAGGCUGCAGCCGUUCUACUUCCCUCAUUAAGCCCCUCACUCUAUCAGUAUCUGGCUUUUCCUUGGCUGCCUCAAAAAGGUGCUUAAUAAAACCAUUACAUCCAUUAAUAAUUAUUUUCACAACUGUGUAUCUGAAGAAGUGUGCAUGCACACGAAAGCUCAUACCAGUGACAAACUUAGUUGGUCUCUAAGGUGCUACUGGAAGGAUUUUUAUUUUAUUUUGCUUCGACUACGUCAGACCAACACGGCUACCUACCUGUAACUAUUUUCAUAACUGUCAGUGUAGUGCAUGAUCUUUGAUGCCUAUUUUAUGCCCCAAGCACAUGCUCUUAUUACUCCUUCCCUCAGUUACCCCUCUGUAAUCCUUAACUACUAUUUGAGGAGGAGAAUACUAAAAUUUGCUGGUUUAAAAGUCAGUGUUAAAACUUGGCUGGUGGGCACCUUGCUGGCACAUGUGAACUGUGAAAUAUUUUCAGUGAAAUGCAUACAUUUGUGUGUGUGUGUGUGUGUGUGUUGAAAAAAAGAAUGGGGAGGGGGAGGCAAAUGCCAUGGAAGGAAAUAAUAGACCAAAGAGGGAAUGAUUCCAAAAGCCCUGUUGUAUUUUGUUGCAUCAACAAUCCUGGAAGAAAACUGCAUUUUCAAGGUAGGGUCAGUACCAGGUCAAAAAUGCAUUUGGGAAAUUGCCUUUAUAGAGAGAAACCUUGGCCCUGAGAGAACUUCCAUUGAUUUAACUGAGAUCUAGGUUUUAUUGUAUAGGAUCUUAUUUAUGGAUUUGCAGAUUGCAAAAUUGAGAUCUGUCUUGACAUUUGUUUACCCACCCAACCCCCCUUCAGUCAGCAAGAAAGGCACUUAUAAAUUGUAGACAUGCAGAAAUAAAAAUACCCUCUGAUGCUGAAUACAUGCAUGCAGCUAAAAAUAUGUAUACUGUAGGUUCCCCCUGAUACAGUUCUCCAUUAUUCAAGCAAUUGCAGAUCCAUAUCAUUAUAUCACCAUAUGAGCGACAUUAAUUUAUUGUGGGGUCUCAUUUGAGCCCCUAUCCAGCUCAAGGAGAGUUUGAUGGACGAGGUCAUACUGCAUAUAAAAUAAAUAGAACAGAGGACAAACAGAUGCCCCAAUCCUAGUGAAGUUAGCCAUGACAUUUGGAGCAAUCCUAUGUAAGUUCCACUGAGUUCAAUGCCCCCCCCCAGUAAGUGAGCCUGGGAUCAUAGGCAAAGUUCAAAUUAAUUAGUUGGUUCAUUUUUGUACACCAAACCAAAACAGCACCGCAGAAUUUGGUGAAAUAUAAUCAAGUUGUUAGCUGUUCUGAUCCACAUAUUAGUCUUAAGAAUGGCCACCGUUUGCUUUAGUGGGGUUGCAUCUAACUAAGUUUUUAUUCAGGGUACACCAGUUAAAAUUAAUGGGCCUGUUAGCCAUGUCCAGUGGGUCUACUUUGAGAAUGAUUAACACUGCUGUCUGUCUGUCUAUAUCUAUAUCUAUCUAUCUAUCAUCUAUCUAUCUAUCUAUCUAUCUAUCUAUCUAUCCAUCUAUUAUUUUUCUUUCCUUUUUAAUUAAAUUUUUAUUCAAUUUUCUUUUUCUGUCAUUACAUACAUCUCAUAUCAAUAACAUUUAUGUUUCAUCACUUCUUCCCUCUCCUCCUGGGCUUCCCCCAACUUCCACUUCUGGUUUGUUUCCCUCUUGUUACAUACUGCUGUUUCUUAAGAAUCUACUAUAUCAUUUCUUUUAUUGUUUUAAAUGUUCUAUAUCAUUUCUUUUAUUGCUUUAAAUGUUAAUAAAGGUGUGAGUGUUUAUUGAAAUCCUGCCAUCAAGUCAAUAGUCUUCCUUUAUUCCUCUAUAAGGGUUUCUAUAAAGAUUUAUUUGAUUUCUUUGGUGGGGAGGGGGGUUGGUAUUAUUUCACAUAAGAGUUAUGCAGAAAUGUGUUGUCAUUUGUGUAUGGGGGGGGUAGUUUCUUGCUUUCGCAGAGACUGAAUACACACUCACAGAUGGCUCUGCUCAGGUGCAAUUUUAAUUAUGAAGUAGCACAAAGCCCAACACGGUAGGCAGUCUUCUUAAUAAAUGUCCUCAAGCUUUUGUCUCCACGUGUCAAAAAGCCUUCUCAUUGAGUGAUUAAAAUAUUUAUUUUACUUUUAUUAAAUUUCCUCCAACAUUCCCUUCCUCCAAAAAAGAGGGAGAUGCUUUGAGAGGAUAAAGUGGAUUGCAAAGUCAACAUCUAUAAAUGUGAAUUGAUGAUUUACUGUUAUCUGAAUGGAGGGAAGUAUAAUUUUUAGGACCGUGUUUUAUAAAUCGGACCACCAUAUAAGAAAACUGUUUACAAAUAUAACAAAUCUAAACAAUCAUGAUAUUUAAUAAUAGAGCACACAUAUACAAAGUAACAAAACUGCAAACUUCUUUUUCUUUUCCAUGUUUGCUUAAUGUUUAAUAUUUGUUUAAUGUAUGAUUGUCAUUAGCAAUCAAAAGGAGGUACAUAGAGUCAUCAGUAUGGGUAAAGUAAACCCACUGUGAUGUAUCCAAGUAAAUUGUACUCAGAGUAGACCCAUUUAAAUAAAGUGACUUUAGUGAUGCUCGCUGAUUUUUAGCAAGUCUAUUCUGAUGUUGGAUACAAUCCACACCCUUUAACAGACUGGCUGUUAAGUGCUUGGAAGAUGGUAUUUAUGAUUAAAUUGACAAAACAUUGUCAAAUUGAAGAGAAGAAACGAAGGCAGAUAAUUGAUGGGCGAUGAAUGGAAUGUCUUCACAAUGCUUUGAAGUAACACGGCACAAGGCAGUGUUUAACCUUACACCCUCCUCGGAGUCAUAUCAAAAGAUUCUCAAUCUAAAUUAUUAUUUGAACGGUUACGUUUAAAAAAUGGGGGGGACACCCCAACAUAAUUAAAAAUCAAAAUAAUUGUAUUACAGGACAGUUACUAUAAUUGAUUAACCUUUUCUGAAUUGACAUUAAAAAUGUACAGCAAGAUAUGUACUACUACUACUACUAAUAAUAAUAAUAAUUUAUUUAUUUAUUAAAUUAUUUUAUUUAUACUGUAUGCUGUCCUGGGAAUCUCUUUGAAGGGUGGGAUAGAAAUCCCUAUACUAAAAAAUAAAAGCAGGCAGAGAAGAGGAGGUAGCAGAAUUACAAACCGUAGAAGCAAAACAUCGUUCAUUUAAAACCUGGGCCGUUUUGUAGCAGCCCCCCCCCCCCGAAUAAGACAACAAUGAUACAGCCUUAUUGUUAAAAAUUAGUAAUAUAUUACAAUAAUGUUAUACUGUCUCUCCCUUAGUGGGGAAUUAUGAGGGCCUCAUGUUAGGACCUCAGUGUCCUGACAUAGUUAAUUAUCCAUAGAUAAUGGUUUUCAGCAGUAGAUGCUAUGAGCUCGCCAGCCUCGCUAUAGAGGGCUUAUUAAGUGUGCGAAGACUCAGGUGCAUCGCACCUAUGCACUUCCCCUGCCGAAGCAAAGCAGCUGUGUUUUCUUUUCUGUAUUAUACAUCACAUGGAGCGCCUCGUUUAUUAUAGCGAAAGCUAAUGAUGCAAGUGGAAACUUCUUUAUGUUGUCCCCCACCCCUGCACCGUCAUGUGGCAAUGCAUUUGCUGCAGAGACGUUCACUUCGCUUCCAUAUGUAAUUUAUCUCUCCAAACACCAAAUGUAUCUUUUAUCUGAAAUGCUUCGGCUCCGGGGUUCAUUACUUUAAUCACAGCUCAUUUAAAUUGUUCUUCUUUUCCUAAAGGAAAAAAAAUGCUUUUUUAUGACCGUGAUAAAAUAACAGUUCUGUUGAACAGAGGAAUCUAGGCACUUUUCCAGCAUGAUUUUCUAACAUUCCCAAGUCAUUGUUGUGUUUAGUGCUUUUUAUUCUUAUGGCCAUGUUUAUAGCACCAGGGCCAGCCCUAGACCAAAUGGCGUCCGAGCCAUUGAGCGCCUUUGGCACAUCCUUUCCAUUUGCUCAGCGAUUCAGUGCCGUAUUAUUGUUUUCAUUACAUGUAUAGUCCAUGCCACAAUUUUGACGGGAGACCUGGGUGCAGGGUUUAUCCCUGUCAUUGUAAGAUGAUGAAGUUUGCAGUCCUGGGGGUGGGGUUGAUCACAAUGGUGCACACACAAAUGCCAUUUGUUGAAUGGACACUGAUUGUUCUGUUGUGAGUGCUGACUUCAGCAGAGGCGAGGUAAGAAUACCCAAUGUGGUUCCCUCCAGAUGUUGUGGCCUACAGCUCCCAUCAGCUCCAACAAGCAUGAGCAAUAGCCAGGGAUGAUCUGGAGGGAACCACAUUGGCUAACCCUGCCUUAGACAGUUUUAUGCAGGGCUCAGGUUCGAGACCUCAUGAGGGCAGAACUCAGAUGUUGCUUUAGCAGCAGGAGCCCUUGGAUUGAGCCUGAAAUAGAAUAAUAAUAGUAAUAAUAAUAAUAAUAAUAAUUUAUUAUUUAUACCCCACCCAUCUGGCUGGAUUUCCCCAGCCACUCUGGGCGCUUCCAUCAAAAUUUCUAACUAUAGUUCUGCAUUUGCUGGGAGGAUCCUCACCAUUUAAAGGGGCUCAAAUUGCUCUAGCAGUCAUUGACUCUGUUAGAAACUGUGAUCUGAGUUGGGACCCUCUCAUCUGGAAGAGAACAUGGUGGUAUCCUAAGGCCAGAGGGGCACUGGCAUCACAAGCUCUUCAUGCAAAAAUAAUUCUGGGGUUGGCCCCGAGGGGCAAUUCCCUCUCCAGCUAUGAAUCCCUAGACCAGGCAUCCCCAAACUGCGGCCCUCCAGAUGUUUUGGCCUACAACUCCCAUGAUCCCUAGCUAACAGGACCAGUGGUCAGGGAUGAUGGGAAUUGUAGUCCAAAACAUCUGGAGGGCCAAAGUUUGGGGAUGCCUGCCCUAGACCCAACCCCUGGAGGGUAGUCUUCCCCCCGGGUUUUGAUGCUGACAUUGUCCAUUUCCCUGUGAAUAAAGACAAAGAAAUGAUGGUUAACACUGUGCCCCAACCCACUGGCUGCCACUGAUGGGUGGCCAAACACUCAGUGAUGAUGAAUAUUAAUAAAUAAAUAAACCAAGGUAAUGUGUAUUUGGAACACAAAGUGUAAAUUGCACAAUACGUUUUGAAGAGGGGACUUUGACAGAGGACUGUGUGUUCACUGGCAGCCCCUUGUUCCUUACAAUUUAUAGUUUGGCCUUGAGAGAGUGCCACAAUGCCGAAUUUUAAACUUUUUCCAAGUUUCCCACUGUUUCAAACCUACAACCGUUUGAUUCGUUAGUAAGCUGUAACUGAUCUUGAUCUUUAUUUUGUUUUAAAAUCUUCAAUAUAAUCAAAACAAGGAGCGUUUGGCCCAUGAAAGCAAAUGCUUUUCGAUCCUUUGUUGUCAGAUCCACACAAUUUUCUCUCCAGCAGGAUUAGAUGAAACAGAAAACCGAUAUACCAGGGCCCUGGAAUUGCUGGGUUGUAAUUUAGAAAUAUCCAUUUUAUCCCAUGUAAUUUCUUUGCUAAGAUUCCUUAGUCUGAAUCUGAUACAGGUAGGAGCCAAGACAAACACUAACCAUUUAUAGUCAUUCAGACCAGUUUGGAUUUCACUAUAAUGCAAAGCAAAGAGAUAUCUUGGCUCCGUUUCAGGUGAGUAACAGGGGCAGAAAAUGCAUUUCAAAUUUAGCAUCAAAUGUUGCCACAUGUUUCUUUUAACAAUUGCAGACGUUUCUAUAAUGCAAGAUGUAAUGUAAGCACGCUGGUAUUUCCAUUCCUUGAAAGCCUAGGCCCAUCAUUAAGGGAUUCCCAGUGAGCACUUAAUUUAAGCAAAUAAAAGAGCUGGCUUUGAGGAUGUAUUGCAACCGAUUAAGAAGAUGAGUUAUCCUUAACUCCGAGAACAGCCACAACUGUGGACAAAUUUGAAGCAAGUAGCAGGGAGCUUAGGCAGACUGUUAGGGUGAGACAUCUUGGCCCUUGAUAAUGACACAUAAUUCCACCAAAUGAAAACCAGAGAUGUAGCUCCGUGAGCGUAUCACGAUGCGAACAGUGGAGGUAAAAGUUGUGUUGAAAAUGAUAAGAGGCUUGGAUACCAAGUCCUGUGAGGAGAGGCAAUGGAAAUUACUUCUUCACACAGCACGUAAUUUAACUAUGGCGUCUGGUCCCAAAAUAUGUGGCAAUGUCCACCAACUUAGAUGGCUUCCAAAGAGGAUUAGGCAUAUUCAUGGAGAAUAAGGCUGUCAAUGGCCUCUAGCCACGAUGGCUAAGUUCUUCCUCCACUGUCGGGCAAUAAGCUUCUGAGUCCCAGUUGCUGGGGACUGCAAGUGGGGAAAGUGCUGUACUGCUCAGGUUCUGCUUGCAAGGCUUCCUAUGAGCAUCUGGUUCACCACGAUGAGAACAGGGUGUUGAACUCAAUGGGUCCAGCAGGGCUAUUCUUAUGUUGAAAUAGGUUGGAGGAGUUAAGUGAGUUUAACCUGGAAAUUAAGAGCCAAUGUGGUAAAGGGACCCCUGAAUAUUAGGUCCAGUCGCAGACAACUCUGGGGUUGCGUCACUCAUCUCGCUUUACUGGCCAAGGGAGCUGGCGUACAGGUCAUGUGGCCAGCAUGACUAAGCCGCCUCUGGCGAACCAGAGCAGCGCACGGAAAUGCUGUUUACCUUCCUGCUGGAGUGGUACCUAUUUAUCUACUUGCACUCUGACGUGCUUUCGAACUGCUUGGUGGGCAGGAGCAGGGACUGAGCAACCGAAGCUCACCCCGUCGCGGGGAUUCGAACCGCCGACCUUCUGAUCGGCAAGCCCUAGGCUCUGUGGUUUAACCCACAGCGCCACCCGCAUCCACGCCAAAGUGGUAGCCAUCUUAAAAUAUCUGAGGGGCUGUCACAGAGAUAAUAGAGCAAGAUCCCUUAUCCCAUAUGUACCCAGUAGAUCCCUGCGGACCGUAGGACCAGUUCUCCUGCAAGUUCCAAAGAUCUCAGAAGCCACAGUAACUCGAAGCAGGGCUUUUAGUGUGACUGUUCCUGUUCCAUGGAACAGCAUUCCCUGCCAAGAUACGACAGUUCCCCACAAUCUGCACUUUCUGGAAACAUUUGAAGACAUUUUUAGUCUGAUAGGCUUUCCGAGCUAGAUGGAUGGGUAUAUAACACGAGCGUCUGCUUUAAAUGGUUUUAGUUUUCUUUUAAAUGCACCUGCACUUUUUGUGUUUUUAACUGCUCUUUUGCUGUUUUUGUUAUACAUUACCUUGAGAUGAUUGUGUAGAAAGCGAUAUAACAGCACCAACACCUUAACCUGUGGGUUUAAGUGGGAAGAAAAAAGAUUUAAACUAAACAUAUGGGAGAACCUUUUGAUGGUGGAACAGGCCACCUUAGAAAGAGGCGGACUCUCCUUUGUCAGAGGUUAUUUAUUUCAUAAAAAUUAUACACUAUCUGAUUUUAAAAAACAACAACCUCAAAGUGGUUUACAGAGAGAAUAAAACAAUAAAAUUGUUUAAAGCUCUUUAAAACCUAUGAGGGAUGUUGUUGUAGCAGGUUCCCAAAUUGCCCUGGGGUUGGCUCCCUUUGAUCUGUUUGAUUGAAUGUCCUAAGCAUAAAUUUCCCUAAAAUAUUAGAUGGUAUGUUAUAGUUAAAGACCUUCAUUAGCUGAGGUGGUACAGCCAGCUUGUGGGGCUCUACCACUGCAGUUUUCACAAUGGGAGUAGUUUCUUGUAAGUGAGCUUCUUCAGGCUCAUGUACGCGAUUUCUCUUCCUUCCAGGGCUGCUCCCACAUGACUGUGAGGCUGAAUAACGCCUCUGCCCACACAUUUCAGCCCUACAUAAUGAUAAGGAACUCUUGAGCCCCAUAGCUCCGAAGAAGACAGUGCUCUUUAAAGUCAUUCAUCUGGGUAGUAAAAUAGUUGCAGGGGUGUUAGCUUGAAUAUAAGCCCCUGCGCUUCUUUUAAGAGGAGGUCAGCUUCAGUGUCCCCUCGUAUGCUUCUAUACCUCUCAGAAGUUCUUCGCAUCCCACUCGGGGCCAAGUGCGGGUGGAGGGUUGGGUGGAUAACCUUAAGCUGACCUUUGCCCAUCUGGGGCCAUGUCCUAGCAAGCGAUGUCUUGCAUCCGUUGGCUUCAGCUGGGCUGCCGAUUCUGACAGACGUGUAAACAGAUGCAAGCGUUGUUGCUAAUGACAGGUGAUUAUAAGUGGCGUGGGUGCCAAAGUAAUUAAACCGCUCUUUGACAGGAACAUUUGGCGGUGUGGUAUUUCAGCAUUAGAAAAAUUGUUACAACACAUUUCCCCCCCUGCUAGGCUGUAAGGCCUGAAUACCAUUAAUUAUGAUCCUUGGGCUGUGGUGGUAGUGCUUGUUGAGAUUUCUCUAGCUUUGAUUGGGAGACACUUUGUGGAAGCAGAGCUAAGGGUGGAAAUAUUGGUGGAUGCAGAUUAUUUUUGUCCAGCAAACUGCAGUUUUUCCUACUCUGAGGAAGAGGAGCCUUUUUCCAGUCAAUGGGCCACAUUUCUUCAUGUGGAAACCUUUCAGGGGCCACAUGCCAUUGGUUGGCAGGGCCAGAGGCAAGAGUAGACAGACAGACAAGGGGUGUCCCUCUUGCCUCUGCACAGUGUGCUACAUUCCAGCCACGCAAAAGCCAGUCUGCCAUCUUGAUUCAAAAUCAUGUCUGGUAUCAAAAUGUCAACGAAGAGUUCCCAUCUCUACAUAAAAAAAAACCCCUUCAUGCUGAGUUUGUGGCAAUAUCCCAAGAGGUGGCUAAACCUGUGCCAGAAAAUGGGUGAAGUUAAUAGUGACACACUUUGUCUCAUAUCUUGUUUAGCCAUGUAUUUAUCCCACUAGAAUUUUGUUUGAAAGAUAUAUAAGGGUUUAAACUCUUUGCAGCAAAGCUUUACAUUAUUUUAAAUGGUUGCUUGUCUUUCAUUUGGUUAGGUGCCCCAGAUCAUCCAUUAAAAAGCUAGGAUGAUAGUCCUAGAGAAUAGGUUCUUUUAUGUUAGAUAUGUAAAACUAGAGUGGUUUGUCUGCUGGUCCCUUUAGAGCUUUCCCAUUUUUGUUUUUGUAUUAAAAAAAAACUUCUGCCAUUUACGAGGUUCUAAAUACUUUGGUGGCUAAUCAGAGCACCAGCAAGUUAAAAAGAGAGAAGUUAAACAUCGCCAAUCUUGAAAAGAGCUUCCAUUGUCUUCUACCUCUGGUGCCAGGGGAAUCUUUUGAGUCAUGCUGCAAUGCUCCUCUCAGUGUAACAUGUCACGAAAUAUUUCUCAGUAAUGACCGACACUGAAUAUGAGUUCACAGGACCUCUGACUGGGCAGAAUGGGUUCAAUUACCAGAGAUGUGGGGUUACCUGAGAUAUUUUUUUAAGGACCACUUGCACUUGAUUCUGACCUCUUAACUCACAGGAUUUGUGGCAGUGACAAGAAAUAGGCUGAUUAAGUGCUGCUUCCAACCCUUCCCUUUUUUCCUAGCAUGGUAAAUAUUUUUAGCUUCUUCCACAUCUAUGUCCCCCCCCCCCCAUUUUAAACCCAAGUGCAAUAUAUUUAUUAAAUGAAGUGUAAUAAAAACAAAUGGAGUGAAUGGUGUCUGGUGCCCAUUGGGAUGGAUAGAGCAGAAAGCAGGGAGACCAAACAGUAUGUGGAGCCAGACCCAGUGAUAGGCAGAACCAGCUAGGCCACAUCCACACCAUGCCUUUAAAGCACUAUGAUAUCACGUUAGACAGUCUUGGCUUCCCCCUAAGAACCCUGGGAACUGUAGUUGCUUAAGGGUAUUGUUAGGAGACCCCUAUUCCCCUCCCAGAGCCACAAUUCCCAGAGUUCCCUGUCAAAACCACUCUGGGAAUUGUAGCUCUGGGUAAGGAACAAUUCUAGUCUGUGCCCACCUGACCUGCUAUUUCUACAAGGGGACUAAUGCUUAAGGGGAGAAGGAGACAGUGCCAACCCCUGAACUGGUCAUAAUUAGGAAGGUGGGGGCUGACUGAGGCUGGUGGGGGCCCUAAUGGACCAACCUCUCCUGAGCGCUGGUCCCCACUGCCCUCGUCAAUUUCAUCUCUUCCCAGCACGAAGCCUGGCUCGAGAGCUGUCAUUCUAUCUUGGAAAAAUAUCUGGGACAUAGUGUCCCGAAAUCAAUAUAAGACAAGUGAUUGGUCUCUUAACCUCACCUUUCUUCUUCUUGUAGCGGUUACAUUGCUCCCGUUCACCUGUAGCCAACCUGACGCCAGAGUAAAUGAAAGGACCUGCCAUCAAAAGUAUCUUCUCUCUCCCUUUCCCUGCUUUUCUUACUUGGGACCAAGCAGAGUUUUACACUUGUUCCUAGUCUGCUGCCUUCAGCUCCCAGAUAGAAUUAUAGCAAAACUGCCUAAUUAAACUGUCGCUGUCUGCCUGCACCCGAGUGCCUUUACAAAGUCAUUUAACUGACUGACAUUCCAAACUAUUAAAGCCGGUUGCGGCGGGUCUCCAUUGCUGUGGAUAAAAAUGAAUGAAAAUUUGUUAAUGUGCGCUGACAUUUGAUCCUGGAUGUUGAACGAAUGCUGCACCACCUGAACUCAUCUCUUCCCUCCCUCCCACCCACCCACCACCUUCAUUCUAAUCGCUUCCUAUGUUUGUUAUUUCCUAUAAUAAAUUGGAGGAAAUUGCAACAGGUAUUAACAUUAUUCAGUUUGAUUUAUGAGUGCCUGUUGAACACAGCAUCCAUCUCACGCUUCUUUUGAGAUUGUACUUCUGUGCAUGAUUAGACCUGUGAUGGAAUAUUUCUUUCUCUCUCCCCCCCCCCACUCCAAAUAUGCAUUUCCUUCGUGGAGGAUGAAUAGAGUUACUACUACUAUGACUUCUGAACCAGGGACAGGGAUCCUGUGGUCCUUCAGAUGUUGUUGAACUCUGUGGAGGCUGGUCUAUUUGGGCAUGUCUGACACUGCCCCACCAACUCUGUCUGUCCUCAGCCAGUCCCCAUCUACCUACCUUCUUACUUACAACCAGCCUCCUCCUUUUUAGUCCUCUUAGCGUUGCCCUUCUAGAAUUCAGCAGAGAGGAAGAUGGGGACAAAACCAGAAUUUACCAGGAGGAAGAUGGGGACAAAACCAGAAUUUAACAGGGAGGACAAUGGGGACAAAACCAGAAUUAGGUUUCUCUGCCUAUCAUUGGUUCUACCUCCACUAGCCUUUUGUGCUGCCAAAUCUUACUUUUCUCCCCCCUGAUAUCUGCUCUACCAGUCACAGUGGUAACUCCCAUCACAAGAAGCUUUGGUUCACUUUCAUGAUAAACUGACAUUCACUUUAAUGCAUUUAUGCCUCUCUGGUCACAUCUCUACUUUUUUUUUAAUGAAAAUGUAAGCUAAGAUCCAGAGGGCUACGGAUCAAGUCAGGAAGUCAAAACACACCAAGAGCUAAGAAGGCCAGAUCUGCCCAAGCAAACUACCACCCUCAAUAGCAGAGACUACCCCGUGGCCAGCGUGGGUGUGCAGAGUCACUCCAGUACCUAGAAACCCUUCCUUGCAAGAAUGGAGAACUUGUGGCCCCCAGGGUAUUGUUGGGCUCCAGCUCCCAUCAUCCCUGACUGUGUCGGCUUCAGCUGAUAGGAGUUGGAGUCCAGCAACAUUUAUAGGUCCACUGGUUCCCCAUCUUUGCUUUUCUGCUUAGGACAGCAGCAUAUUUCAAUCUAUAGUCCUGGGUGACUCCCCAGAUGGUGCUUCCAACAGCAUUGAGCUCCUUUGGUCAACUAGGCUGUGUAUGGAAUAAACACAUUUUUCUCUCUUUUUUCUUGGACCAUCUCCCUGCCCAUUGCAGCCAAUGACAAGAAGUAAUUGGGAAAGCCCGCAUCUGUUUUGCAAGCAUAAAGUCCCAGGUUCAGUCCUGCAACAUCUCUAGAUAGGGCUGGGUGUGAGUACGGUAUGUCCAUCUGAAACCCUGGAAAGCCACUGCCAGUGCAGGCAGUACUGAGAAAGCUGGACCAAUGGUCCAACUCAGUAUAAGGCUGCUUCCCAUGUCCCUAAGUUCUGGUAUUUAAAAAAUUAAAAUAUCCCCAGCCAAAGUGCUAUUUCUCAGACCCCAACCAUUUGCAUGGUGUCACAUUUGUCUAUGCCCAAUAGGCAUGUCUCAGAGCAAAUGCUGUUUGUGUCUUGCAUAACAGGCCCCUCUCGUUGCAGACAAUCCACAGGCAGCAACUGGUAUCCUUCUGCCACACUACUCACAUUUUCCCUCCUUCCAAUUCCUUGCUUCCUCGCUAGGCACGUAAAAGCCAUGCAGCAGCUCCACUAGGGGUGCCACAUCUGAUGUCCAGCCCAGGAGGAAACAUUUCCUUGCCAACGCAAUGCGGGAACAAUAUCCUGCCAAAAUCCACAGGGGAAAUAGUUCACUUUCCUGUGUGUUGGCUCCAACAAUAACACAUCCGAACUAAAUACAGAAUUAGCUUCCUGUAUUUGAUUCCGCCAUCCCCAAGUCCAAGAAACCUGGAGUUCUCCAGAGAAGGCAAACAGUAGAGCAACUGACAUUUUAAAAUCCCCCUCCUGCAGAAAAGAUAAGUACUCAUUCCGAGCAGAUAAAUGGUCCCACCUUACACUAUUGUCCUUUCAUCUUUUGAGGAGCCUCAUGAAACUCCGGCUGGUGCUUGAGUCCCAACUUCCAUCAACAGCACAAAUUUUCAGUGUGCUAUUUAUAUAUUGGGUUGAUUAAUUUAUUAAUACUGUAGCCUUUCACAUGCAUCUGAAUGUGAUUUACUAAAGUACUAUAAAACAGGUAGAGGUUAGUUUUUAAAAUGGUACAAAAACAUAAAUAUAAGAUUUAAAACUGUAAUCAUCACCAUCAGCAGCAGCAGCCGCCGCCAUGACUUCCCGCUAAGAAUUCUGGAAGCUGUAGCUUCAUAGAAUUUUAGAGUUGGAAGGGACCAUGAGGGUCAUCUAGUCCAACCCCCUGCAAUGCAGGAAUCUUUAGCCCAUAUUGGGGCUCGAACCCACGACCCUCAGAUUAAGACUCUCAUGCUCUACCAACUGAGCCAUCCCAGCUGUAGUUUGUAAAGGGUGCUGAGAGUUGUUAGGAGACCACUCUUCCCCUUACAGAGCUACAAUUCUGAGAGUUCCCCUUGAAGAAGACUUGAUCGUUAAACCACUCAGAAUUUGCUUGUGUCCAAAGUAGUGCUUGUUCCAUUUGUGCAAGAAUUUCUGCUUGCACAAUAGAUCCCCCCCAAAAAAAUCUGUUCUGGGGUUUCUUUCAACCACCUGGAGCAGAUCUGAGGAGGACAUGAAGUACACAUGGAGAGAGAUCAUUUCUCUUUAUUUAAACAAUUUAUAUACUGCUUAACUAAAGUAGUCUCUAACUGGUUUACAAAGAUGCAAUACAAGAAAUUAAACAUCUCUGCAGUGCCACUGGCUCCGUGAAUUUAGUAACAAGUAACCCUCUUUGACUUUUAGAGCUAUAUUUUUAUUUGUUUAAAUACACUUCAUUUCACAGACUCACAAAUAGUAUGACAUCUAAAAAUAUCAAUGGACUGUAUCAAACAAAGUUCUACACAGAGUAGAAUAAAUUGAGGUUAUUCAUGUCCACUAACUUCAAUGAGUCUACUCUGAGUAGGAGGAGCACUGGAUACUACCCAAUGCCUUUCAUACAACACUUUCAUAAUAAGGCUAGAAUUGGGGAGGAAGUGUGUUGUCCUGCCUUUUAAAUACAUUUAGGAGCACGGCCAUUGUUGAGGUUAAAUAGUUGUCAAGAAAGCUUCUGAAUAUUAAACCUUGGCCUGAAAGCAGUUUUUUGAAAGAAUAAAGUGUUGCUCUAAUCCUUUCAUUAUAUUAUUCUUUUUAAGGUCUCCCUCUCCUUUAAAAGAAAAGGGAAAGGGAAAGCUUUAAACCUUGAAGUGCCUGCAUAAAGGAAGCUUCUUUUGCAAACCAGCCAGGGAAACAUAUGAUACCAUUUGCCAUUGCAGAAUGUGGCCUGCUGUUCUCCUGUAAUUAUAAUGGCCUAAGCAGUGUGGGGUUGGUUAGCCUUCCUUAACAAUCAUUAAUCUACCGAGUCUUCGUAACAGCGGCCCAUCUUGAAGAACAGCAGUCCUUGGCGCAAGAGGCCUCUGUAGCGAGCGAGGGAUUGCCUUCUUGACUUGCAUUCUGCCACUUGCCAGUCCUGAAGGAUUCUGGGGGAAAGCUUCUCUCCCCCCAAAAAAACAACAACCCCCUUCUUCUUUCCUCUCACAUCCUCCUGAUAGCUGCCUGCCCUCUCCCUCCCUUGCUGGUGUGUCCCCUUCUUCCUCCUCAUUGUUGAAAGUUUUAUUUCUGUGUGACUGGGAGCCUGUUUAGCAGACCAUAUUGCCAGCGAAGGUACGUCGUUUGUUGCGCGGUUCUGGCAAGGCUGGGCAGUCAGCUGGGAUGUAAUUAAGACUCAGAGAACAGGCUGUCUUCGCCACAGGAAGGGCAUGUUAGAUGUUGCAGGGAUUUGGGGCUGUCAGUUUGGCCGGAGCUGAAGACAGAGAGCUAGGGACAAGCGCUCUCUUCCCUUUCAUUUAUAAUCCCUUUAUGUACAGUAUAUGCACUUGGCAAAGUUUACAUCUAACCUAUUGGCUCUCGCCGGCGGGCCAAAGAGGCCAGAUUAGCAUAUGUUACAUGUAUAUUUUAGUAAUAUUUUAAAAGCGAGCACACAUUUCCAAAGUGAAUUAUGCAUGUAUGACAGAAGCAGGGUUGUGUUGCACUGGGUGUCAAAUCCCACAUCUUUUUGUCAGGACUAUGGGUUUUACAUUAAGAAGGCAGAGAGACUAAACGAAGUAAAACAGUUUUAAUUUUUAACAGUUUUGGUCCAGCCCAAGGACUGGCUUUUUGACAGUUUUAACUGACAUUUGAAUAAUUGGAUUAAUUUAGAAAAGGGUGCAAAUCAUUUCUUGAUGGGUGCGCAUGCGCCGCCGCACUUUAUAAUCUGCGUAUGUAAAAUUAGCGAUGGGGGUGGACAAUUUAAUAAUUUAGGGUUAGCGCAGCAUUCAAAACAAAAUGCCAUGGAUGGAGCACUGUAAACUACAUUAGAGAUGGGUGAAGGACUUGAGCAUAGGAAGUUCUUUUACACAGAGUCAGACCAUUGGUCCACCUGACUCAGUCCCCUUUGACUGACAGCAGCUCUCUAGGAUUUCACACUGGGUUCUCUCCCAGCCCUACCUGGAGAUGCUGGGGAUUGUACCUGGACCCUCCAGCACGCAGACCAGAUUCUCUGCCCCUGAGCAAAGACUGUUUGAGAGCCACUGUGGUCUCGGAGCCUAUCAAGCUUGGGUCUGUAUCUCCCAGCUCAGCCAUGGACCCAUUAGGUAGCUUCUUGAGUACAGAAGACCCGUUCAGCGUCCUCUAACCUUAACCCCAUGAAGUUGAGAGCAUGAGUCUGAAUGAUGGUGUUCUGCAAAACACAUUGCACAUUUAUUUUCUCAAACCGUCAUCUAUUUUUUUAAAAAUUUUAAAAAAAAAAACUUUAGAAAGAGUGUUUCUGUAGCUCUGCUUUGCAGGCAGAAGGUCCAAGGUUCAAUGCACAGCAUCUUCAGGAAGGACAAAGAACAUUCCUUGCCUGAAACCCUGAAGAGUUGCUGUCGGUCAAUGUUGACAGUACUAAGGUGGAUGGACCAAUAGUCUGGCUUGGUAUAAGGCAGCUUUCUGUGUUUUAUUGUGUGCAUUUGGGCUUUCUCUAUCCAAUGUUUAUGAAUUAUGCAACCUUGCAUUCUGAUUCCAGUUAGCACAAGAAAACCAGUCUUGAGAGUCAUGUGUAUUAAAUGCACACAUGGCUUUAACAUGUUCAGAGAUUACCAAGUACAAAAUUGGAAUGUAAAAUGAGGUAAAUAAUGGAUGGCCAUGUAUGAAUAACAGAAAACAAGGGAACCAUGGGACUCUUGUAGUCCCAGGUUAUGGAGCAAUUGUGGAUUUUAUAGAUAAUUAUUUUAAGGCUUUGAUGUAUGGUUUUUCUUUUUAAUGUGAUGCUUUGCUAUUGUAAAAAUUAAUAAAAAUAUUAUUUAAAAAAAGGAUUACCCAUUUGACUGGACGCUGUGGAUCUGCACAGCAUCCCCUCUCCAUUAACUUUUGCAGACAAAUACUUAAUGGGCAGGUGCCUGCAUGCAUCUGGGCACCCACCAAUGUGGACCUUCAUCAAUGCCCUCCCCAACUUUCUGCCAUAGCUGCCAAGUUCUCCCUUUUUUUAAGGGAAAUUCCUUUAUGCUGAAUAGGCUUCCUCGCGAGAAAAGGGAAAACUUGGCAGCUAUGCUUUCUGCAUUGUCAGCCCCUUCCUCCACUGACAGAUAUCAUCCUGGUAUGCCAAAAGUUUCAGGCUUUAAUGAAAUGGCACUCAUUGGCCACUUCUUGAAGAGCAGAAAAACAUUGCUGAAAUGGACUGUGAUCUGUUCUGUUCAAGCUUUCUUGUAUCUAGACGUACAAUCCUUCGGGAAUUCUCAAAGCCUUUUAAAACUAUGGGCUUUUUCUUCUUCUUAGGGCAGUCAAAGCAAGUCCCAGGAGUGAUGUCGCCAUCUGUCCUUUUUAUAUUAAAAGACUCUUCUAUGUUAUAUACCUGAUGUUCUUUUUCCCCAGGAUAAAUUUGGCUAAUUAAAAUAAAGGCUUUGUCCUUUGUCUUGGACUAAAGGUUCUUUCUGUCUCAACAAUAUAUCUUUUUGGAUCUAGAUCGAUCCUCUGCACUAUAUAUUCAGAGAGACACUUGCGCAAUUUUAGGGAUAAAUUAUUCUGAUUAUUUGAAUGGAUUUGCUGGACACAGGAAACUUUGUACAUCGUGGCUUCAUGGGCAACAACCACCACCACCACAGAAACUCUUCAGUUUAAGAUUAAAUGCUCCUACAAAUUUCAUUUAUGCUCCAAAAUCCAUGGAAAAUUUAAGUUGCUCUUACAAAAUUCAUGGAAAAUUAGGAUGAGAAUCUUAAUACUUCCACACAGUGUAAGUAUUAAAUGCUUUGUGCAGUCCUGCAUUUUGGGAUCCAUGCACUGAGUUUUUGCUAGCAGAGUAGGGACCCUGAGGCUGAUUGCAGAGCUCAGGCAGGCUCAUAGAUGUGCAAGUGGCCGUUUAGGUGCUCUCAAACCAUUUAGGCAUUUGAAGGCCAAUAGCACUGUAAAUUGGAGCAGCGGACAAAUAGGCAGUCAGUGUCAGUGGGGUAGAAUGAGUGCAAUAUGCUCUGAUGGUUUUGCUCCUAUGAAUCUUCUUGCUGCUGCACUCUGUAGCAGAUGAAGUUUCCAAACAGGAAAGGAAAGGAAAGGAAAGGAAAGACAAGAGAAAAGAAAAGGCAACUCCACAUUACAGUAAUGUAGUCAGGAUGUAACCAGAACAAGCACCUCUGAGGUAGUUGUGGCCACCAAUACCAUCUGCAGCUCUGCAUAUUGCACACUUAGUAAUUGUAUACAGUACUUGUCUCUUUUGGGGGGUGUAGCCCCCUCCAGAAACCAGUUGUCCCCCCCCCAUUCAGAUCAGCGGAAUUCCCCAUCAGGAUUAAGUUUCAGCUUAUGUCCCUUCCUGCACCCCAAAAUUCCUCCACAUGCAUGCUCAGAACCUCCACUAUCCCUAGGGGAGAUGGUUUUUGGUGCUCAUAAUCCUGAUGCCAGUUAGAAGCACUGUGUGUAGUGGGUGGGAAGGGUCAGUGAUAAAAAAGGUAUUUCCCCCGCCUUUUCUGUUGGUGGUGUUGUCUCGUCCAUCCCACUGUGGCCGUGAUGGUGUAUCAGGCCUGAGCAGUGCACGUUGUUUAUUUGUUUCAUCACAAUAUUUAUAUACCGCCAGAUCAUAAGAUACCAAGGCAGUUUGUACCAAUAUAUACAGCAGAACACCUUAUAAACAAUAAAUGGCAUAAUUUUAGUGAUAGAACGAAGCAGCAGCUUCAACUCACCUGAGCAAAUGUGAUCCAUUCCACCGGGCCUUCCUUUGAAGUGAAGUGGGAGCACAUGAGGAUCAAAGCAGGUAACCCCUUCAUAUCCUAACCUUAAACUUCUUUUGUUGUUGUUGGAAAAGGAGGGGUUGUUCAUACGGAUGAAGCCACUUGUCCCGUAUGAACACAUUCCCUAAUUGUGUAAAAAUAGCCAAGCUUGCUUAAGGGUAAAAUGUAGCCCUAGGGUAGCGGAUGGAUCCCUGCUGACAUUAUGCUGCAAGCUCAUUUUCAAAGGCGAUGGCUACCUGGCGCUUCUAAGUGCUCUGGGUUUGUCACUGACAUUUUCUGCUCAUGUACUGAAUGGUGAUAACUGGAUUAUUUUAAAUGUCACUCUGAGGCUUCUUGGGAGUUGUGAGUUCGGAGUUUUAAUAUAGUGUUGUUAUUUAGUGUAGAUGCCGGCCCAAGCCAGCAUGAUGAAAUAAGCCUCCUCAAGCUGCAUACACAUGCGGCAGUGCUUUCCUUUCUUAAAAAUCUACUCUCACUCUUGUUUCUGUCACCCAGUAAGCAGAACAGAGAGUCGAGUCUCGAUACUUAAAGAAAAACCACCCCCCAGAUUUCUUUCCGCAGUAGCUGUUUGUGCCAGCCUUGAAGUGCCAAGUUAUUUUAAUGCUCCCAUCCUGUCAGUAUUGAUUAAACAGCAUGAGGUGUUGUUUCAGUUUAAUAGGGGAGGGCACAUCUUUAAAUUUAGGUCAUUAACAUUUGUGAAAGCUUUAAUUGUUCAACAUAAUGAUUUUAUGCAGGUAAAGAUCCAAUCGCUUCAAUUACUUUAUAGUCAAAAUGUCCAGGGCUCCCCCCACAAGGCUAUUCUCAUAAAACUUUUCAUGGUCCCAGAAGGAAUUAUGUUUGCCACCCUUACUUCCUUUUAUAUCUUCUCUCUGCCUGCACAUUAUUUCUUCCAAAUCAGAUUCCAAAAGUAUUAUUGGAAAAGUCAUCAUUUUAAAAUGUAACCGCAAGAUUCAGCAGAGAGGGACCACAGCUCAAUAGCAAAGCACAGGCCCUGCAUGCAGAAGGAUUCACAUCCAAUCUCCAGUUUAAAGGAGCAGAGAAGAGGCAAUAGAAAGACCUGCAUGAGACCCUGCAUAAGUCGACAGUGUUGUGAGUCUGACCAGCAGCUUCCAGAUCAAUCAUCAUAGAACUCAAAGCUGAAACCCUGUGGAUCAGGGAUGGGAAACCCUGUUCAACCUAAGAGGCCACAUUCCCUUCUGGCCAGUCUUCUCAGGUUUACACACCAGUGGUGGCUGGGACCAAAGGCAAAAGCGAGCAGAGCAAUGAAUGUAAAUGAUGUUGGUUUCCAACAAAUGGUAUUCAGAAGAAGCCAUCAUGGCAGGUAGCCAUUGAUAGCUUUAUCCUCUGUGAAUUUGUCUAUUCUUAAAGCAAUCCAACUUGGUGGCCAUCACUGCCCUGCAUGAAGAAAUCAUUUCUUUUAUCUGUCCUGGAUCUUACCAUGUUCAGCUUCAUUGGAUGUCCAGGAGUUCUAGUGUUAUGAGAGAGGGAGGAAAACUUUUCAUUUAUCCACUUUCCCUAUCCCAUGUAUGAUUUUGCCAACUUCUAUCAAUGUCAGCUCUUGGUUGCCUUUUCUUGAAACUGAAAAGUGACAAAUGCUGCAACCUUUCCUCUUGAGUGCACAUUAAGCUACUUUUGUAGUGCCUAUCUAGCUCUGUUCUACCAGCAAUUCAGAGUCUCUCAGGCAGGGAUCUUUGCUACCACUUCUAUCUGAGACUUCUUUUUCUGCACUGGAGAUGCCAGGGAAAGGCCUUCCCUUCUUCUGUCCUUUCCAGAGGCAUCUGGCUGGCUGCUGUAGAAAACAGGAUGCUGGACUAGAUGGACCUUUCAUGUGAUCCAGCAGGGCUUAUGUUCUUAGUCCUAGACAGCUGGACGCAGUUUCUGCACUGCUGUUCCAUCUCCGAUUCUGUAUCAUGAGAUGGCAACUUUGCCCACUAGUGACUGAAGGAGGAUCCCAGUUCUUGCAAGCAGGCUGCUGCUGCUGCUGCGGGGGUAACAAAGCUGCCCAAGCCAUUUACAUUGUUGCAGCUACAAAUUAAUUAUUUUGGGUACCAGGUUUGUCUGAUCUUUCACAUACCCAAGGCUCUGAGCGGCAGAUCCUAUGUAGCUCAAGCAGAACAUUAUGUACAUAAGAGGCAGGUAUUAGUAGGGUAUAAGUAGUAGAUUAGUUUAUUUGGGGUGAGGAAAAGGACCCCCCCCCAAAUGCCCCAGGGGAUCAGUGUUCAGUGCUCAAAUAAUGCUGGCUGUUGAAGCGGGUGGGGAUGAAAAUGAGAGUGAGGGAGAAAAUGGAGCAUCUGAGAUCAUGGAGAGAAGCACCCCACAUUGCCACCCGCCCCCCAGUUCCCACUUGUCAAACUGUUUCUUUUAAUUUGGACCUUUAUACUAAUGCCCAGAGGGUGUAUGGUAUUGAGUAUUUCACAGCACAAGUGAAUAUUUCAAAAAAAAAAACCCCAAAAAAACUGCACAUCUCGGUGCCUUCUCGGUGGUGGCGCCUGCCCUGUGGAACGCCCUCCCAACAGAUGUUAAAGAGGAAAACAACUACCACACUUUUAGAAGACAUCUGAAGGCAGCCCUGUUCAGGGAGGCGUUUAAUGUUUAAUAGAUUACUGUGUUUUAUUUUUCUGUUGGAAGCCGCCCAGAGUGGCUGGGGAAACCCAGCCAGAUGGGUGGGGUAUAAAUUAUUAUUAUUAUUAUUAUUAUUAUUAUUAUUAUUAUUAUUAUAUAAAAACAAUCAGAUUGAGUAACUGAGAAAAAUGCCCCCCAGGAAUUCCCUGGUACAGCCAUAGUAACCUAAGUAUUAUUUUAUUUUAUUUUUGUGGGGGGCUUGGUGCUCAUGUUGAAUAGAGAGAUGGCUAUUCUUUUUCAAAACAUCAUACUAAACAGUAUGGGGAAAUGCAGCUGUGGUGUUUGGUCGGGAUUCUUCCAGCAGCGUUCAGCUCAGAAUUCUCUGCACGUGUGACCCUGGAUAUUAUUGCUAGAGGAAAUCAGCCAGCGGUACAGUCCGGGCUUAAUGGAAGCUCAGUUGUUUACCCUGAGGCUGUUCUGUAGCCUUCAGGAUCUCCAAGCCUAGCGUGGAUAAUGAGUGUCCACUUCUUUCCCCUGCAUCCCGUGGAUGAGGAAAUCAAAACCUUUCAUGCAGAUGGGUGACUUGUGGCCUUGGUGAUCACAUAGAGGGUUGGAACAGUGCAGGCUUAAAAGUGGGGCUUAUGUCCAGAAUGUGUUACAAAGGCACAGAUUGUGAAGUGUGUGUCACAGAUUGUGAAGUGUGUGUCAAUGUGCAAAGUGCAUUAAUUCAGCAAGUGGGGGGGGGGAACUAUACUGGAGUGGAAUUCCUUCCCAAGAGAGGUUAGGCUGGCUCCCUCCUUGUUAUCUUUGCACUGGCAGGCCAAGACCUUCCCCGUUCAGACAAGCCUUUGGAAACUAGGUCCUGGCAAUGUUCUCGCCUGGGCAGCUCUCAGGGCAAAGUGUAUUCCAAUUGCUGGUUCGAAAUGUGUUUUGCAAUUAAAUCUAAACCAGUAUUAUAUGACAGGGUGCCAUUUUAAAAUGCAUGUUAAAAGUAGUUAUUGUGUCUUUAAUUCUCACUUUUUGGGGUUACUUGCCCAAACCAUUGAGGUAUGUUACACUGAGAGGGACAGAGCAUCCUGCUGCUGUUGGAGUCCCUGGCUGGCCAUGCUGCUGGGGGCUGUUGGGAGUUUGAAACCAACAGCAUUCUGUAGGGCCACAGGCUCCCUGUCCCAGGUACAGAGUUCCUGCAGGUGAAAUCGUCAUAUGGUGCCUUUCUAGGACUCUUACAGCUAGUGCAACCAGUUUCACAAAUGCUAUCUGAAAGAGGAGGAGACUUCACCUUACUCCGGGGAUGAGCAGGUUGCAGCCUCUUUAAAAAGAACUAUGUAAAGAAAUAUGACAGUUGAACGACUGUUGAUGGAGGCUCAUUGUUUAGCAACCUCACCUGUCUUUGUAGCAAGUUGAAAUAUCAAAAGGUUUUGGAAUGGAACUCAUGGCUUACUGUAAAUGCAGUUGCUGCAAAGGUGAGCCUGUCUCAUGUUCUGAACCAGGCAAUGCAUUUAAAACAAGACUAAAACAAUGCAAAACAGGCACUUGUGGCAAAGACCCAUUUAUCCAGCUAGGAAGGCUUGUUGGAACCAAGUGAAUGAGCAACUUGCCCCAACAAAGGUUGAGACUGGCUGAGCCUUCAGGACAGAGAUAACAGUGUACUUAUGGUUAAACUACAGAACUCACGCCCACAGGAGGCAACGUUAGCCACCAACUUGGAGGGCUUUAAAAGAGGAUUAGACAAAUUCAUGGAUAAAUGGGCUAUCAAUAGCUACUGGCUACAAUGGCUGUGCUCUGCCUCCAUGAUCAGAGGCAGUAAUGCUUCUGAAUACCAGCUGCUGGAAACCACAGAAGGGGAGAGUGCUUUUAUGCUCAGGUCCUGGUUGUGGGUUUCCCAUAGGCAUCUGGGUGACCUCUGUGAGAACAGGAUGGGGGACUAGAUGGGUGAUGGGCCUGAUCCAGCAGGCUCAUAUGUUCCUCAAGCAAAAGGUUUGCAUUUAUAUGGAAGUGAAUAGUCCUCUCAAUCUGAAGACAGCAACUGGUAAUAAAACAGUAAUAUUUUAAAUAGGAACCAUCUUUGUUUUUUUUCCUGAUUGCCGGCUCAAGUUUCGUUGGGGCUUCUGCUAAUGUGAAAAAUAAGAAUAUUUACUGCUGAGGGACUGAGAUCAGCACAUAGAUAUUUUAUGAAGGGAAUAAAUAUUUUAAGAGGCAAACACUGGAGUGUGUUGGCACUUCAAAACAGGGUCAGAGGAUUUGUUCAUCUUUCAGAAGUGUCGGUGUUUUAAUGUAUAUCACUGCAAACAGUGAGCCUUUCAUGAUAAAGUAACGCCUCUGUUGCUUUUGCCAAUUUGGGGGUGGGGGACACACACACUCCCACACACAGCUCCUUUUUUGUUUCAAGAGAUCACAAGAGUUCUGGUUCUAUAAAUAGUGAUGCAGGAGACUUCUUCGUAUUAAAGAUGGAAGUUUUCAAAAGAGGGACCGGACCACCGGAAUAGCAUCUCCCAGACGAGUUAACUUGUGUUUCUUUUAAUAAAGAUAAUUUGGUCAGGACGAGCAAAGGCAAGGCUGUGCUCAGUCAAUCCAUGAAAGCUCAUUGGUGUCUCACGGUUCUUAAUGUUUAAGUUUGGGCUGCUUGACCACCAAAGCUCAGGAUGAAGAAAUACUUUGCAAACUGAAGUGAUGGAAGUGAGCUUCCCCCAGUUGUUAAAUUUAGAGUUGCUACCAAACGGAACCCAACUUCACUCUGAAUUCUGCUUCUGCUUGAAGUGGUCUGCUGUCCACCUUCUCAUCUGCAAGUUUUCCUGCCUUUUUCACAUUUUCAUACAUGCACUAAGUUACAAGGUGUGUGUGGGUGUGGGUGUGUGUGGGUGUGGGUGUGUAAGAAGGCACAAAAUAACUGCGAAAGGUAAAGCUGAAGGAUGAUUUCAAGUGUCCAUGACCCCUACCUGGUAUUGAAGUUGCAUCUAAAACUGAUCAAGGAAGACCUGGAGAUUAAGAAGCUGAAAUAGGAGUUAUAUGCCUGGCAAAGAGGUGACUUACAUAAUCACUACCAGGACCUCUUCUACCUGGUCCUCUACUAGUUCAUUACUUGGGCUUUCCUCUGAUGACUCUGGAUCCUCAUCAGGUCCAUUGCCAUGUUCACUCUCAAGCCCCAAAUGGGGAUGGGGGAGAAUUGGGAAUUAAAGCAAAGUUUAGGGCAUUGUUGGAAGGGUUCUUGGGGGGAGAGGGUGGAUAAAUAUUGAGAAAUGAAAAAGAGGAUUCCCCUCCUUUUUGACAGAAUUGGAUGAAAUUUGCAGGCAUGGUAGCUUCAUCAGAGUGAAUAAAACCUACAAAAUUGCAGGCAAAUAGAUAUGGAAGCCUUUGUGCUGGACACCUUAAAGUUGAUUUUGGGGUGGAAGAACUAAAAUAAAAUAAAAUACUUCCCGGGUAAAAUCAUUCCCCCUGACUACAAGUUACAUCUCUCAUUCACAAAGGAAUUCCAUUUCCUAAUGCUUUCAACUCCACAAUUCUGUCUAUAUUAGGAGAAGGAUGCACUAAAAUACUGAGGAAAUUUCCCAAGGACUUUAAAAAAUAAAUAAAUUUGCAAACUGCUGCAGAAAUACGGUGACCUGAACUUAAGAUGGUGAGCAUGAGAGACUGUGAGAAAUCGACAGAGCCACCCAUCCCUAGUUUUUUUUCUUCUACUCACUCUUAGUCAAAAGGGGCAAUUUUAUUUUUAUUUUUUUUUAUGGCGGAGAAAGCUCUAUUAUGCUAGCAACAGUCAAACAGAUGACCUCCUAUAACCUGAGCCAGGAGAAUAUGCUUAGAAUUUGCUCGUGAGACAUAAAAAGAAACGAAAUAGCAAGGCUGUAGCUGCUGUCCGAUUUGUAACAUUAUUCAAACUGUAAUCAUGUUGAUUGUAUUGCAUUAGCAUUCUAAUUUCCAAUUUGGGGUUUUGCUACAUAAUCUCCAGUAGAGUACAUCUAAUCUUCAUGCAACUCAAAGUCUUUAUAUAAACUCAACGGAUUUACCUCCAUGUGUCUCUGCUAAACUGAGCUGUGUCUUCUGGCUGAGCUAGAGAGACGUUAAAUUACUAAGUAAAUCAAUACAGCAUUGUUAUGUCACUGUAUCUUUUUCAAAGACCAGCUCAAAUUUUGUCUGAUGUCUCUUUGAUCCAUCCCAUUUAGUUCUAAGUACACUUGUUAUUAUAGUAACUGUUGUUUGUAUGUUAUGUUAGCUUUUUCUUUUUAAAAAAAUCCAAAAAAAACCCUGAAGUAGCUAUUUAGCAAUUUAAAUGAAAAUGUAAUUAGGUUACAUCUGUUUUACAUGCACGUAAUACCACACAGAUGUAAAACUUCUAUUAAAGCCAUAUUUUCUUUCAGGCAAACGCCCUCCCUUCACCCUCCUCUCCCCCAUCCAAAAUUUUGCAACCAUGAAGCCAAUAUUUAUUCUUUUAAAAAAAAUAAAGGUGACACACACACACAACUUAUAUGAACCUGAAGGAAACAAAGCUGUGUAUUCCUAGAAGAGAGUAGCAAUGACAAAAUGAAUGAUAUGCUAAUUCUUUUAUUUAUGAGUUUGGCUUUAAAUAGAAGACACAGUUUUUGAGUAAUUAAGACACAUGAAUACUUUCCUUUUUCUCUUCGGAGGAAUGCUUUCUGGGUUUGUGGGGGGAGGGGAGCUCUGUCAAUCUUUAUUUGCAUAUGUUAAUUCAUUUAAAUAGCACACCAAUUUAAAAGGCAAAGAAGCAAGCAAAAGAACAGAAAAUUCAAUACUCAAUGGGUGGACUUGGACUUGUGGGAUCCUGAGUUCACUGGGUUGAAGUUUGCUUGUUGAGACGUUAGAUUAAAAUAAAGGACACUGGCAGUGGUGGAAAUGCUGAAUAGGUUUUCAAGAUAGUUGCAUGGUCUCCAGCAUCAGCUCUGGCUCUGCAUUCAAUAGUAUCCACACAUUGAAAGCACUUGAAGCUAUGAAAUGGGAAAGAGGAACGUGCCGUAGAACAUGACAUGGCAUUGGAUGAUCUGUCUUAAUAUUUUUUGUUCUGGGAAAAGCCAACCUGACGACCUCCAGAUGUUCUGGACUACAACCAGCCCCAAGCAGCAUGGGGUGGUGGGAGUUGUAGUCCCAGCAACAUCCAGAGCAGUGUUUCUCAAGCCUGGAUCCCCAGCUGUUGUUGGACUACAAGUCCUAUCAUCCCUGACACUGCUCCUGCUAGCUAGGGAUGGUGGUAGUCCAACAACAGCUGGAAACCCAAGUUUGAGAAGCACCGAUCUAAAGGGUGCCACUUUGGUCUUGUGGUCUAUUUCAACUGGCAGCAUCUUUCCAGGGGGUCUUUCCAACUUUGCUGGGAACCUUUUAACAGAAGAAGCCAAGGACCUUCUACAUGCUGAGCCACUUGACUGCAGUCCUUGUGAGAAGCUAUGGACCUCAGCUCAACCUUGGCAUAUUCUGUGGCUUUGUCUUUAGGCCAACUUUCACUGUCAUGCUUAUCAAACAUUAUCUUCUCGUGCGAUUCCUGAAGUGUCAAGAUCCUAAACGCCACCCUUCUACUGAAUUACAAAGUGUGAUCUUUGUUUCUGUGUAUCUCUGCUAUGAUAUUUGCAAAUGAAUCUCUCAGAUUGCUCUGCAUCAUGUCUGUGUCACAACAACUCUUUUCCCCCUUCCCUUCCCUUCCCACAUUUUAUUGUUUGUUUGUUUGUUUGUUUUGUGCUGGAGACAGCAGAAGGCAUCAUGGAUGGCACUGUAUGGUAAAGCUCGUGGUGGGACCAAAACCUUCCUCCAUGGAGAAUGGGGAGGAAAGAAGAAAGUGACCCCAUCCUGCAAGUUUUGCAGCAAUGUCAGCAAUGUCUUGCUUUUUUCUACCUUUAGAUGGCCCUUCAUUCCCAUAUAUAGUAGAGCUGGAGGAAGGGAGAGGGAAGGAUUAUUUCUCUCCCUUCCUGUUUGGCUUUUGGGGGGGGAGGGGAGAAAGAAGCAUCAGCAACAUACUAUGGGUGCAGUCUGUAAAGCAGGAUUGCGGAACAAGUCUGUCCCCCUGCCCCCGAUGAUGCCGGACUCCAACUCCCAUCAAGUGACUUCGGCGACUCAGUUUGCUGAAAAUCAAGUGUGCAGGCAAGUUGGCAUCCAUCCGUCUUGAGAGACAGUGCACAAAGUGACUUUCCUGGUGCCCAUACCAUAGUUUGGCACCAGCUUGGCUGCUGGAGUUGCUGGAAGAAGGCAUGCAAGGUGCCAUCCAACCGUCUUAGGAACUCCACUCCAGAUUUGUGUAGGGUUUACUCCUUAGCCUUUUCUUCUCCCAAAGGCAGUGGAGGUUUAGGAUUGGUGUUUCCCUUCUCCUUGACGGAGCCGCAUCUGCCCCCCCCCACUUCCCUCUACAGCGCAUGCAGAAACCAUUGGACCCACAAUUGGUCAUGCCCAUUCAAUCCUCCAGAGACUGUCUUGGCAUGCAGGAGAAGACCUUAAUUCACUGAGGGUUUGAGACCCAUUGGCCAACCAGUCAAAGCCUUUCCUGGGGUGUGGCGGCUGUCGCUGACAGCUUCUAGGAGCCACAAGUGAGUGCAGAGUGGGGAUUAAAAUUGGACAAACUACCCCAGAAGGAUCACAACUUCUCCCCCACCAGAGGUACUACCCCUCCCCUAACACCCCAUACACCUCAUGGGCAUAGCUUUUGAGGGGAAACAGCACUCGAUUUAUCCAACCUGGUGCCCUCCAGCUAUUGCCAGGCAACUACUCCCAACAGCCCUAGCCACCAACAGGGUGAUGAGAGCUGUAGGCCAAAGCUGUAGGGUGCCAGAGGUUGGGGAAGGCUGUAGGACACCAAACGAUGGAAAGCCUGGGUCUAACCACUAUUUGUUUUGUAUGCUCAUCUCUGAGCGCUAGCAUUGGCAACAGGUUGGGUGUCUAAGCCCCCCAUCAGCCCAGGCUCAGAUGAUGCCCUAACUUAGACCAUUUGCCACUGUUCUAUUCAGAAGAGAAAGUGUGUGUGUUGAAAAGAAAAGAAAACACAGCCUUUUCCAUUGCGAGUUUAAAUAAAGCUGUUAGACCAGCCCCAGUGACACGAUUAAUAACAAUUAUGGAAAGGCCUUCUUCCCUCUCCCCAGCUCCAACCUUUACCCCAGCAUAUAACAUCUUUGCCUGUGUGUGUUAUGACAGCCCCCGUUGUUGACGAGGUAAAUGAAUAUCUGUUGUGACUGCCAAAGUCGGGGAGAGGGCAUGUGAAACUUGGAUGCGGCAACAGUUCACGUCUCACCAGGCUUGAUUUAUUGCAUUGCAAGAGGGGCGAGGUGGACCCUAAAUACCGCUCCGCCACUCACUGCUUCAUUCCCCUUGUCUGUUAAAUAUGCAAGUACAAACAGCUUUAACACAGCACUUUACCUAGAAACAAGCCCCGGGCUCCAUCCACAUACUUUUAACAUAUGAAAAUUGAGCUGCUUUGAACUUGUAUGUUUUUGAUAACUGCUUGGUAUGCUUCCUGGAGGUUCACCUGUGGGCUUCCCCCCCCCCACUCCUUUCCAAGUCCUAAUCCCUUUGAUUAAGUGCCAGGACAGAUAGCUCUCAAUGAAUUACUCCAGUCUCAUAAUUCUUCCUUCUUUCAGAGUUGAAAGGGAGCCUGCCUGAGCGUUCAAUAGGUAAAUCCUCUCGAUUUAGCUUGAGCGAUUCAGACUCUGCGAGACUGAGAAAAUUGUUUGAUUCUGAAGUAAGGUUCAGAUGGGCUACCCAGUGUUGGCAUGCUGCUGGUUGCCAGAAGCUGUAAGGAGGAGGGGAGUGAAAAAAGAAAAAGACUCAAAAAUAGCAAGUUGUUUUUUUAACAAGGAGGAUUAGAAGAAGGAAAACUUUGAGAAGCAAGAAUCUAACUUCGGGUUGCAACAGAAGCAGACAGCCAGGUCUUUAGUAUGAAAACAUAAGAACAUAAGGAGAGGCUGCUGGAUCAGGCCAAUGGUCAAUCUAGUCCAACAUUGCCUCCAAUUGUGGAGGCAGAGCAUAGCCGUUAUGGCCAGUAGUCUUUGAUAACCUUAUUCCCAUGAAUUUGUCUUAUCCUUUUUUUAAAGCCAUCCAAUUUGGUGGCCAUCAUUGCCUCCUGUGGUGAGCUUUUUCACUCUGCUAAAAGGGCUACGCAGCCUGUAUACUCUCAUAUUUCUCCCACACAUGUGGGGCAGAAGGUUUACAUUUUAAUUUAUAAAUUUAAUCCACAAUCCAUCUCCAUCAGUGCCUUCCAGAUGCUUUGGACUGCAUUCCCCAUCAGCCCCAGGCAGUAUGGCCAAUGAUCAUACAAAAUAGGAAUGUAAGAAGCUGCCUAAUAUGAAGCAAGACCAUUGGUCCAUCUAGUUGAGUAUUGUUUACACUUACUGGCAGUAGGUCUCCAGGCAGGAGACUUUCCCAUCCCUACCUAGAGACACUAGAGGCUGAACCUUGCACCCUUUUUUCCUCAUGUUGUGUCACUGAGCUACUGAGGCAUGGAUGAUGGGAGUUGCCAUCCAACAACAUCUAGAGGGCAGCAGGUUGGGAUGGCUGGUUGAGAUGGAUCAGUGAUCUCACUUAGGAUAUGGUACCUUCAUAUGUGUCCAGCCCCUGUUUGUAUCAUUUAGUACAACUCACCUAAUGAACCAGACCAUUGUGUAGUGCAGUGUUGGGAAUAUGUGGCCCUUCAGAUGUUGCUCGACUCCAUCUCCCAUUGCCCCUCCCCGUUGGCCAUGCUGGGUAGAGCUGGUGGGUGCUGGAGUCCAACAACAUCUGAAUUUCCCCAUCUUUAGAGUAGUGAUUCCCACCUCUACCCACCCCCGGUGCAACCACAACUGAUGUGAAUUGCAGUGCCAGUAUGGCAUAGUAUUUAAUAUGUAGGACUACAGUGUAUGACUGAGUGGGCUCAAAUUCCCACUCAGCCAUGAAAGCCACUGCAUGACCCCAAACCCAGUCACUACAUUUGUUCCAUGAAGUGGGAGGAUUAAGCCUGAUGUAAUGUUUCCUCUUCACAGAAGAAAGGGCAUGAUGCAAUUCCAUUGGAAUGAAAAAUCCACAGGGGUUUGAAGACAAGGAUCUAAACUUCAGCUUGCUGAUUUUUUGUGAAAAAUCAUGUGCCUAUUCAAUUCCAGUGUUACCCGUUCUGUCCCUGUUCUGUUUCCCCCCUCUGGGAUAAAAAAAAAUGUGAAUGUCUCAAUUGUCCUACUAGUAACUACAUAUAUUAUCAUAUCCCUCUUAACACCCAAACCACUUUUAUUUCAAGAGUAACCUUCCCCCUACGCCCCAGCUGUUGUCUUCCAUGCCAAACCUUAGGUGUACUUUGGAGGUCAGCUAACCACCUAUCAACUAGGCGUUGACCCCCUUUAGCCUGCAAGGUUGGCCUAGAUCUUGGCAUUACGACUGCAUUAAUUGAUUAUUUUAAUAAGACAGGCCAGUAAAUCUUCAGAUAGCUAUAAUAAUGGAUGAUCUGAGGGCUCCCCCCCCCACUCUUUGUGACAUGGCAGUAACAGUAGCAUGGGUUGAAUUAAAUCUGGAGAAAUAAGGAUUGGAGACCUCCUUGUUAAUACCUCAUUAACAAGGGUCUCCAUUAAGUUAUUAUUAUUAUUGCCCUGAAACAGAUUCUCACCUCUGAACUCCAAUCAGCCAAGGAUAUUUAAUGAAAGUGUAAUAAAUUUUAAGAAGUAGCAGAUACAGGAAAGGAAGCUAUAAAAGCAGAUUGGAUGAAAGCUGGGAGCAUUUGAAUUAGUGCUUUGCUGAACAUUGCUUGUGUGUGUUGCGCGUGUGUUGUUGAUGUUUUGCCAUUCCCCAUCAAUUUACGAGAACUAUGAAAGGGAAUUGAAGCCUGAUCCAUCCUUACCCCCCCCCCCGCUGUCACUGGAAAGUGACACAAAACCAGCGAUUGAACACAAGGACCUAGAGUUCUUUCAGUUGACAGCAGCAGAACUGGCUGUUGCUCAUCACUGGAAAGCCUAGGCAGAGCCACUAAUUGAGAGCUGGAUCAAUUAUGUCUGGGGGCAUAGCUCUCUCAGAUCACCUUCUGUAGAGGAGAACUAUGAGGGGCAUAUCAAAAAGGGGUUUCAGAAGAGGUUUGGUUUCCAUUCUUCUCCUUCAUAAAUAAGGGACAACAUCCCCUAAUCUUUCAAGGUCCUCUGUGAAGAGGUCACAUGAGCACUCAUUGAUUGUGUGGUAAUGCAGGAGACACAGGAACCUGUGAUAAGAUGAAUCUUCACACAUGUGAGAGCAGAAUGCUCACAGCAUUACAUUAGUGAAUACUUUCCUUGCUUCUACAGUGGUACCUCUACUUACGAAUAACUCUACUUAAGAAUGUUUCUACUUACGAAUGGAGCUCCUUCCGCCAUCUUGGAUGCGGUUUAGAUAGGAUUUUUUCUACUUACGAAUUUUUAGAUAGGGUUGCUUCUACUUAUGAUUUUUUUCUCCCAAUGCAUUCCUAUGGGAUUCGACUUACAUUUUUUUUUCGACUUACAAAUGUGCGUUCGGAACGCAUUAAAUUCGUAAGUAGAGGUACCACUGUAUAUGGUGCUUUCAUUUGUACAAGCUUGUAACUAAAAUAACUUUGUGUGGUUAACAUUUGGUGUUUGUAACUGAUUCUGUGGCAGGGAUUGACAAAGAUGUCGAUUUCUGUUUCUCCCAGUUUCUCAUUUUUCCAGUCUUAAGUUCAGCUCUCCACAUUAUUGUACCAGUUUGACAUUAUUAUUAUUUUUAAAAAUAAAAGUCCUCGUGAAAAUUCAUCAGCAUUUGUAGGCGGAUGUCUCCUACUAUACACAUUUAUAUUUGCCUUUUUGCCUCAUUGUAUUUUAAUAUUUUGUUGGAAGCUGCCCAGAGUGGCUGGGGAAACCCAGUCAGAUGGGUGGGGUAUAAAUAAUACAUCAUCAUCAUCAUCAUCAUAUGCACAUUUUUACAAGGCAAUUUCCCCCAAUGUAAUUUUAUUUCCACUAAUUUCUGCAUUUCUCUGCAAACUUUACCAGAGUUGAUGUAGUUUUUGUAUACAUUACUGUACUUGGCUAGAGAACUGCAUUGCAAAAUUCUGAUGAGUGCAUUUGCGCAAACCUCUUUCCUUUUGAUGAGGAAGGAUUAGUUAACUGGGUCCCUCACAUAAGUAUGGUCCUCUGCAAUGGAGAGUUGCAUGGAGUUGGUUACAAGGGCGCCCUUGAUCAAUCUCUGGGAUAAUUAUUAGACUCAUAGAAGGAAACUGUUGCUUAUGAUAUGCUUUAUCUAAGCCAUCUUUAGGGCUUUAUUGGCUAUAACCAGAGGCCUCAAUUAUGCUUGGAGGAGAAUAUGGAGCCUGUGCAGAUGCUGGAGCACUGAUGUAAUUUCCCAGCAUCUUGCAAAAAAGGGAAGAAAGAUUAAGAGGACUAACAAGACCGGGACUCAAGGGCCCUAAUGGACCUCUUCCAAAUUUAAAUUUAAAUACUAAAAAUUUAAUUGAAUAUCUGGUUCUUUCCUGUGCUGCCAUAUGGACUUGGAUCUUUGCAAACAUAUGGGCUGCAAUUACCUCACUAAACAAAUGUGCAAAGAAGAAGAAAAAGGAGUCUAAGAAUCCUCUUGAAUGCAGUGGAUUCUGUCCUGAAAGUACAGUAAACUAGCAUCCUUAAAAAAGACAAGUGCAGGGACAGUAUGACUAUUCCCCAGAGCUAGUAUCUGGAUGUGAUGGUGGUGUGUGUGUGUGUGUGUGUGUGUGUGUGUGAGAGAGAGAGAGAGAGAGAGAGAGAGAGACUUUCUGGAGGUACAGUGAAUUCCUCUAGGCUAGAGAGGAGACGCUGCUUGAAGAGAAGUGCAAUGUUCCCAUAGGGAGCCCCAGGUUUCCAACCUGUGUGGGAAUUAGUAUAGAGCGGCAGCCUUAACUAUAAAUAUCUAGGAUGCUUCUGCCAGUGACGAUGCUCUAAGAACAUCACAUGCUUCUUGCAUAAGCAUCUUCAUGAUAGCUGUUUCCUGAGACAUUCAUUGCUCCUCUAGCCCAUGGUGGAUGGCAUUGCCUACUUAAAAAGGCGUGACGUGCUUUUCCACUCAGCCAGGGAGCUCUCUAGGUUAGUCGCAAGUGUGGUGAGAUUACCCCCUUUUCUCUCUUGUAAGAGUUCUGUUUUAGUAAAGUUGGGUGUGAUUUUGUGAAAUUUGAUCUGGUCUGAGUUCUUGAGCCUUCUUUCUAUUUUGACUGAGCUUUUCGAAGCAAGGGUCAUCCAUCACAUGGUGGUAAAUGUGGAGUAGGUUCAGUUACUCUUGAGCAAAAUUUAGAAUACACAGUUUUGAAUGCUCAGAGGCGUGUGUGCUAUUUUUUCUAGCCAGCUGGAUAGUUGGAACGUUGGUAGAAAAGGCUGGAGGGAGUUAGAUUCUUAAAUAAUAUGGAGUAGGAGGAGGAGGUUGAAAUGAACAUUACUAUUUUCGACCCAGAAGUAGAUAUAAUAAUGGUGAGUGAAGAAGACAGCGGUAUGGGCAUGGAAGGAAUGCUGGAAUGGAGGAAGGUAAACUCCGCCUGGAUAGUGGCCAGAAAGAAUAAAACUUCAAAUAAUUACAUAGGUUAAAAUCGCUCAGAAGCUAAAAUAACAAAAACUGCCUUAUGUCAAGAAAAUUCUUACACUUAAAUCACAGAGACUGAGCAACGAGAUAUCUUCAAAGGUCUCAGUGGACACUGACCUUGGCCUGGCUGUGGCUGUUGAGAGUCUCCUCCCAUCCAGACUUUAAGAGAAUGCUGAUAAUGGGCGUUUACCCCUCACAUAUCUCUCAUCACCUUUCAACGCAGGCCUCAAAGCCUUGACAGGAGACAGCUGUGUGGAAGCUCAUUAUAUUGGGAAUUCUAACAAGUUUCCACCCGGCCCACAAACCAACCUUAAAGGGGUCGUCCGUUACAGUAGGGAUGGGAGAUUGUGCCAAUAUCGGUUCCUCUCCAUUUCUCCUUUUUCCAAUCUUAUGUUCAGUUCUUCACAUUUCCUCAUCAGUUUCCAGAUUUUUAAAAAUCAUUUCAUCAUGAAAAUUUGCUAUCAGCAGCAGCAGCAGCAGCACUAUUUAAUUUAUAUACUGCUUACAUGUCAAAAUAGCUUCUAAGCGAUUUCCAGGUAUAAAAUAUCCGCAAAUAAUGAAAAUGCACAAGAAAGCAAAACCAUACUGAAAAUAAGCAAUUCAGCAAGUGUGCUCAAAAGCAUAACAAAAAUAAAGAAGGAAAAGAAAAAUUAAAACAAUUAGAUCAGAAAGUUCAAGUCCAGGGGAAUGCUUGUCUAAACAGGGCCAGCAGAGUGUCAGAGAAGAGCAGCGUUGGAUUAUGCUAAAGGCCCAUCUGGUCCAGCAUUCCUGUUCUAACAGUGGCCAACCCAAUUCCGAUGGGUAGCCUGAAAGCAGGCCCUGAAGGCAACAGCACUCUCUACACUUGUCAUUCCCAGCAACAGGCAUCCAGGACAAAUAUGUGAGCCGGACAGUUUUAUAGUGAUGGGCAUCUGCACCCUGGUGGCCUUACCCAGUUCCCAGCAGAUGAAAGAUGUGACCAUGGGCCCAGAUCUCUGGACCAGACCUUGCUUCCUGUAAUCUCAGAGAAUUGGCUCCUAUUGUAACUUUUGUAGAACAUUUGUUCUCCAUCUCCUUCUUUCAAGCCAAUUCCUAGCAAUUAGGAAAAAUCAGACACUUAUUUCUGCCAUCCAAAUUGCUGUCUCAGAGGGGACUUUCGCUGCCCCAAAUAUUCAGAGAACUUUUUGCUUUGCUCUUAAUGAAAGUUUGCCUACAAAAUGACUAGUGUUAAAGGAGCCACAUUCCCUGAGUUUGUCAUAUAUCCCGGAGACCUCUUUCUUCCCAAUCAAAUGAAGUGGCCUGCGUGCAUCUGCUUCUCAUCACAGAGAUGCCUAAGCAGCACGAAGGCAAUAUUGUCAAGCAGCUAACAGUUCUUCUUCCAGGAGCAAUUGGUUUUAAGCAGGCUUAUGAGCUAAUUUGCUUGAGUAAAUGUUGCAAAAUGUGGUUUGGUUGCUGGAGUCACUUUAUUAACCUGGAAUUUACUAGGAUGGAAUUUGAACUCUUGCGGUAGGGAAGGGUGUAUGUGUAUAUGCAGUUUAGACAUGGGACCUGAGCCAGGGUCUUUGGAACACGCAUGCAAAUUAUGUUGCAUGACAGCUAGCCAAUUUACUAAAGACCUUUCCACCCGUGGCAUAUACGUCUGCUAAAACUUUAUGCUACCAUUUAAAACCGUUGCCCUUGCCCUCAAAGCAUUAUACAAAGUGUAGCUCUGUCCUCUAUACUAUAGAGAAUAGUAUAGAGAAAUAAUAUAUAGUGAAUCUAUAUAAGUUAAACUUAGAUAAUGCAAGACAAGAGGAAUUUAUCUUAGAGGGAAGCAGUAUUAUCAAUAGUAGGGAGUCAUUUUUUAAUUCUUAAUUUUAUUAUUGUUUUUUUUCUUUGUUCUGUUUUUGUAUGCUUUAUUCUGUAAAUUCUGAUUUGAUGAUUUUAGGUUUGUAAGGUUUGUUAAAGUUUUUUUUUUGCUUUAGAUUAACUUAAAAGGACUUGUUAUUAUUAUGUUCAUAUUUGUUUUCCUUUGUCUGUUUUUUUCUUUUUUCCUUUUUUCUAUCAUGUAAAUUUUUUAAAGAAAUGAAAUAAAGUCUUUUUUAAAAAAAAAAUUAAAAAGUGUAGCUCUGUCAAAAGGCAGAAUCCCCAUUUGUUAGCCUCUGUGCAUAGGGCUAACAUGUGGGGGCAGAGUAGGGACACACGCCCUGUGAGCUCCAACACUUGACCAUUGAACAGGGAUAUCUGCGAAGGGAUGUGUACCCAUGAGUGUCUAAACAUGUGUUUCUAUGCAAUCAAUGCAUGAAUGUCAUGAAUGUUGGCAGGGUGUGGACAUUGAUUUGUUUACAAGCUUUUAGGAUCUCUAGUAUAGCAUUCUUGACAACCUCAGAAAACAAGAUUCUGCGGGAGAAUCUGUGAUGGUGAAAUAGCAUUUUCUUUUCAGCAGGAGUGAUGUUGCUGCAGUCCAGGCUUUAUGUGGGCUGGUCUCUAAUGUUCUACUGAGGCACUCUUGUUGCAGUCCUGUGAUUCAGUAAUAUGAGCAUCUCUUGAAGUUCUAUGAUUAACAGCUGCUACGGCAAACAGCUGUAUGGGAAGAUGGGAAGGCAGGAUUACAUGAAAAUGUAAACAGGCUCUGCAGCAGUGAAGAAUUAGCAGUGCAGUUUUCUCAGUAGACAUGUUGGUGGGAACUCACUCUGGGUAACAUGGCCAUAACUUUAGUCAUGCUCAUUUAUGCCAGGGAUGGGGAAUCUGUGAUUGGAUUCCAGCUCCAACCACCCCCAUGUCUAACCAUCAAAGUUGAUGGGUCUUCGGAGUCCAGCUACAUCUGGAGGGCCAGAGAUCCGCGAUCCCUGAUUUAUGUCAAAAUGGUUUGUGCUUUAGAUCCAGGCAGCCAUCAUUCACCACAAACACAUACAAUAAAGGCUGGAGCAUAGUUGGAUAUGUUAAUACAUUUCAGUUAUACUGAUGAAAUACCUUUUUAUUAUUUGAAGAGGCAUUCUAAAGUCAUUUCUACUGUUACACUUAGAUUGUAUGUUGCAUUUGUUAAGCUUACGGUGCACCACUAUAAUUAAGUAGUAUCUUGUCAGAAAAUAAUAUUUUUUUAAAAUAAAUUUUAUUCCAUUUUCCAAUUUAUCAAAUUAAAAAAACAACAAUCUUUUAUACAAAACAUCUUAUAUUUUCAUCUUACAUCUUGCUCUGCCGAGCUGUAACUUUCCCCCCUCCCUUCUUGCGGGUUUCUUGUUAACUCCAUUUUUGCAGUUCCUUUUUGACUUUUUUAGUCAAUUCGUAGGAUUUAUUUCAAUCCUGCAAGUGUUUUUAAAGAUCUACAGUUUUUCUCCAUAUAGUCCACAUAUUUACUCCAGUCUUUUUGAAACCUCGUCUCACCAUGGUCGCGGGUCUUGCAAGUCAACCUAGCAAGUUCAGCAUAGUCCAUCAUUUUUGUCUGCCACUCCUCAAUUGUUGGUAAUUCCUGUAAUUUCCAUUUUUGAGCUAACAAUGUCCUAGCCGCGGUUGUCGCAUACAUAAACAAUACUUGAUCUUCUUUUCUAAUCUCUCCUCCUAUUAUUCCUAACAAAAAUGCUUCCAGAAAAUAAUAGUAAUAAUACUGUAGCUUUUUUUUUGUUAUGGGCAGCUGUUUAUGGAACAGGGAGGUGUAAAGAAUGGUGUGUUGGGCUAGGAUUCAGAUCCCCACUUUUGGCCAGUUACAUUUUCAGCCUAAUGUACCUAAUAUGUGUAAUGUUGUAAAGUUAAAAUGGACAUGGGGAUAACCAUAUAUAUAUAUAUAUAUAUAUAUAUAUAUAUAUAUAUGGAGGGAAAAUGUAAUUAAAAUGAAAUAAACAUAAAAAUAAUCUAUGGCACAUCUUUUUUUCCCAAUUCUCUCUCUCUGUGUGUGUAUGUAUGUAUGUGUGAGUGUGUGGAUUUUCUUUCACAUAGAGCCCUAACUAUAAAGCAAUACUGCAGCACAGAUUUUUAUAGGGUUCAUCCAUCCCCACUGCCAGCUAUGAGGUCAGUCUCUUUGAAAGGUGUGUCUCCUAUGUUUAAUAGACUUCUAAUUAAAGUUUUCUUGUAGAAGUUUUGUUGUUGCUGCACUUUUAGACUAGUAAUAAUAAUUGCAUGUAAUAACCUAAGUGAGAUGAAGGCAUGUAAUCACGUAAUUAGAGUGUAUGUGUUUCGAUUGCUGUAAAAGGGCUUGUGUAAAUGUAAAAUUUACAAAACAUAAAACAGUGUUAAUAUGUUUACUUUGGUGAAAUCAGCCUAGUUCUUCAAACAGCAAAUAAGGCAGUAAACAGAAGCUGAUUUACUCCCAAGUCGGACCAUUGGUUUGCCUAGCUCAGUGUCUUGUCUACAAAGACUGGUUGCAGCUCUCCAUGGUUACAAAGAUGUCUACCUGGAGAUGCUGGGGAUGGAAUUUGGGGCCAUCUGUAUGCAAAUCAGAUGCUCUACAACUAAGCUGCAAAUCUUUCCUUAAAAUUGCGUCUCUAGCCUAUACCAUUUCACUCUGCAAGGGAGGUGGGUUCUCAUGACUGAAUGUUCCAUGAACAGUUUGCCAGAAUGGACUUGAGGACAUCUAGUUAAUAGGAUGGCUCCUUCUACAGAUGGCUCCUUCGUCCAGGAGGAGGAGCUAUCCUGCUCUCCAGAUCUGAUCUGCCCUCUGGUCAGGUUGGCAUGGAUUUUCCCUCUCUGUGUUGGGAAAAAAUAUCCUCACUGUUUUUGAUCUUGUGUUUGCCUCCUUAGCCUUUUCCUUGUCUGUCUAUCUCCGUGUUAAAAAAUAAUAAUUUAUAAAAAUCAUUUUAGUUCUCCCUUGCAUUUAUUUCUUGAUCAGCAUGAGGUCUUCCCUCUGCCCUUAGGAUGUAAGCAGCUUAGGGCUAGAGGAGCAGGAUCGACAAUUCCCUGACAGAAGCACUUCCUUCAAAAUUCUUGACUACCAUGCAGGUAAUAUCCUAGAAAGGGCCCUCCCCCCGUGAGACAGGCUGAGACAGCUGGAGAAGCUCGGGAGAAGUGACACUGCCUCACAAUGAGAUCUUGCCACUGUUUUGCCUCACUUCUUCUGUGGUGGUGGGGCAUUUCUAGGGCCUGGAGAGAUCUCAUGGACUUCUUGCAAGAUCUUUCCAGAAUCUGGAAGCUGCAGCCUCACAACCCUGUGGUGGGGAGAGUGGUACCUUCCCAUUUCGCCUCAGGCGACGAAAUGGGAUAGACCAUGCCUAUUCCCUGGAAGAACUUUGCUGCAAGUCUACUUUCAUGGAAAUAAAUUCCACAAAGUGCACCAGGGUUACACCCCAAGGUCUGAGUUACAGCAGACUGUAAAGGAAGGCAUUUCAACUGCCAUUGUCUUUGAAAUUCUGUCCUUCUCUCCCCCCCCACACACACCCCAGCUUUAAGUAUGGGUGGAACGUCUGGGGUUAUAAGGAAAUCUACGAAUCAGGGAAAGAUGUUGGUAUGUAAGAUUUGAAGAUAGGCCAGCUGGUCUCCAUCUUCAACUGGUUCCUGGAGGGCCAGGAAGAAAUUAGUCUCACAGCAUAGUUGAAAGAACACCUGGGCUCUUACCUGGGGCGCCGAUUCACUUGCGAACAAAUUUAUCUUUGUUUCCUUCCCACAAACACACCUAGGAAUUAAGUAAUGACCUGUUUUUGUAAAAGGGGAGAAAAACCCAACCCAAACCUCAAAAUGGUGUGACUCAAAGCUGUAAAUCACUCACUAUUGUUCCAUAAGUUAUUUUAUAGAAAUCUUUACUGAAUGCUAAAAAAAAAACACAAGAAAAAGAAACCUUACAGCUACUGAAGUCAUCUGACCCUGAACACAUUUAA